CCCUUCAAACCAAAGGUUCUAAAUUUUACACCCAACAUAUCUCUUCACAAACACACAAAACAAACAAACAAACCAUUAAUCAAUCAAACCCCAUCAUCACAACUCCUGCUUCAGAUUCAUUCCAAUGGCAACAUCAUCACUAACUGCAACUGGGUUCACUUCUUCUUUCCAUGGAACUUGGGGGACUUCCAUAGCUGGUGAAGAUUAUUCCACCAUGGUGGCUAAGACUGCACCCAUUCGGGUUCGAGUCGGGAACAACCCCUUACGAUCCGGCCCCAUGAUGGGGAACGUUAACGAAGGAAAGGGGAUCUUCGCGCCUUUAGUUGUCAUCACCCGGAACAUCGUUGGAAAGAAGCGGUUUAAUCAGCUUAGAGGGAAAUCAAUUGCUUUACACUCACAGGUAAUCACAGAGUUCUGUAAAUCAAUCGGGGCGGAUUCAAAACAACGACAAGGGCUGAUUCGUUUGGCGAAGAAGAAUGGCGAAAAACUUGGAUUCCUAGCUUAGUGUUUAAUUCAGUCUGCAGAUAAAGCAAAGAUUUUAAGUUUGAUGAGAAAGUUGAAUUUUUUACCACCAUAGUAUGUAUGUGUGAAGAUCUUUCAGAUGUAAAUACUUUUUUCAUCUGGUACCCAUCAAAAAUAUAAAACAAAUCAUAUUCUAUUCAUA